CUUGCAUUGUAUUAAUCGAGAACCACAUCCUCGGUCCCACAGCGCAUUACAUUUAGUGCAACAGUUCAGAAGGCAUGAUUGUAUCGCUUAGAGAAGUGUGCAUGUCUUCGACUGGGGACAUCAUUGGACCGCCUCAUACCCUUGAAUCGUAUCACGGUUGGAGUAAGUAGCGCACGGUUCAUGAGUCUUUAUCCUGACACAAGAUAAAGGCAAACCUCCAAAUCAAUGGGGCUGUGGAGCUUAGCCCGCAAUCCCCAGAUUCCAAGAUAGCGCGUGUCAUAUCUGCGCAAUGAUCAGAUACCCCGUUGCGACCGGUACAUAUAUAUACGACCCAGCCGGAUUACAGUCCUCGCAAAGUUGUUGCUAUCCUGUCUAUAGCCAAUUGCUCUUCCACUCAUCUCUCCAUCAUGGAUACAACCAACGAGAAGCAUCAGGACUUGAUUGAGCCCGUCCAAAGCAGCAGUAACAGCAUCGAUAUCGGCAAGGUUGACCUAGAUGAUGGCGAGAUUUUCAGGAAGGGAGAUGGCAACAUCGACUUUCGAACGGUGUCAUGGAUUCAUACAUCUGUGAUCUUUCUGAAACUCAUUUUCGCAACAGGGGUCUUGACAAUUCCGUCUGCCAUGUUCACCCUUGGCGCGUUCCCAGGAGCUAUCAACGUUCUUGGAUGGCAGUUUCUCAACACUUACUGCGCUCUUGUACAAGGCAAAUUUCGCAACAACCAUCCAGGCUGUCAUAGUAUCGCCGAUAUGGGACAGCUCGUGGGGGGAAGAGUUGUGAAGGAGGUCACUGGCAUCCUCUUCCUCGUCGCAUUCAUUAUCGUCGGUGCAUCCGGCAUGGUCGGUGUCUCGACUGCACUCAACGCGCUGUCCAACCACGCUCUUUGCACAAACUACUUCUCCAUAAUCGCUGCCAUUAUGGUUGGCAUAUGUGCGAGUGUUCGCAAAUUCGAGAAAAUCGCUUGGAUAACUUGGGCUGGCUUCGCUUCGGUCUUCAUAGCUGUUUUCAUCGUUGUUGUUGGAGUCACCACACUUGAUCGCCCCGCUGCCGCUCCGCAAACCGGGCCAUACGACUUCGGUUACCACGUGAUCGGGCACCCUACCUUCGCCGCCGGUAUUACUGCGGCUAGUACGAUCUUCUGCUCGGGUGCCGGAACAUCCGCCUUUUUGCCCGUAAUGUCGGAGAUGAGGAAUCCGAGGGAAUACAGCAAAGCUGUCAAAUUGUGCAUGGGCAUAGUCACAGCGGCUUACCUGUCCUUUAGCCUUGUGGUCUACAGAUGGUGCGGCAAAUGGGUUGCAUCACCGUCACUCGGAAGUGCUGGACCAACCGUCAAGAAGAUUUCAUACGGUGUAGGGCUGAUUGGGCUAUGCGUCAGCGGUGCGCUGUUUGUGCAUGUCAGUGCAAAGUACAUCUUUGUUCGAAUUCUGAGGAACUCGAAGCAUCUCCAAACCAACUCCAUUGUUCAUUGGAGCACCUGGCUAGGUUGCAUUUCUGGAAUAACUAUCGUCAGCUUCUUGAUUGCGUCAGGUGUGCCGAUCUUCAAUUACCUGCUCAGUCUCGCUGGAAGCAUCGCAUUUGCGCCUCUAGCGUUGGGUCUACCAGGAUGGCUUUGGAUCUACGACCACGCCGAUUACUGGAAGGGUAGUGUUUGGCAAAGGACACUGUAUAUGUUGCAUGUCAUACUGAUCCUGAUCUCGGUAUUCCUCACGAUUGGAGGGACAUACGGUGUGAUUGCGCAGAUCAUGGACGCGUAUAAAGACGGUACUAUCAGCUCUGCUUUUUCGUGCGCGGACAACAGCAACUCAACUUAAUUAGCGUCAUAGAGUGUUCGUACCGU